AGCAUAUAUGGCUAUAAAGGUCCCGCUAAUCAUCACAAUCCCCGUCCCAAUGGCCCCACAUAUAGAGGUCAGACACCGUAUCAAAACGCCCCAAACCGGCCGCCGCAACCACAGCCUUAUGGGGGUAACCAUAAUCAGCCGCAAAAUGGAAAUAACCAACAUUAUAGACCACAGGGCAACGGCAACGGCCAGACCCCUUACCCACACGGAAAUAAUCACAACACACAGUCGUAUCAUGGAGUGGACGCUCCCAUUUAUAAUGGUAAUCAUGAGUUACCCAUAUAUAACAACAAUGGGCCGCAAACCCCGCACGGACCCAAUGGGCCCAUACAUAAUGCACAGCAUUAUGGCAAUGACCAGUACUCGCACCCGACGCCCGUCGACUACAGCAAAUACGUUCAGCCGCACUCUUACAACGAAGUCAGCCAAUAUAUGAGUCCCGAGAGAUAUAAUGAAUACUCUAAUAUGUUAUACACGGCCUAUAACCUGCCCCCUGUCCAGUAUAAUACACCCCAACCAAAUUAUACGGCACCGCAAGGCUAUCAACAGUCUAAUCGGGAUAAUAAGUUUAUUGUAGCCGUUGUUGUCAUCGAUGGCAGUUUGGCUACACCUCCGACACCUGUUAGGGGAACACUGUUUAUAAGUCAGAUAUAUGUCAAGAUAGUACUAGUAUCGGGAGUUAUCACACAUCUGGUGCCCAAUUACAAGUACGGACUGGCGAUCCAUCAGUUCGGCGAUCUGACCAACGGUUGCUACUCAAUCGGCGGCCACUAUAACCCGGGUAACAACACUCACGGCAAUCUGAAUCACCCGCAAAGCCAUGCGGGAGAUCUGGGAAACAUAGUGUCGGACGUGAGUGGUGUGGCGUUUGUCAACAAAAUCGUGAGAAACAAGUUCUCCAUCGAAGACAGUAAUCCGAUCGCCGGCCGAUCCAUAGGUCUGUGCAAGAAUGCGGACGACUUGGGUCAGGGCGGCACCUAUAGCUCCAUAAUGCACGGCAGUUGUGGCGAGUAUAUUGGCUGCGGUAGCGUUGGUUACGCCAAC